AUGCAGCAACAAAGUCUGAUAUUUUUCUAUGUUGUUGUUGUUCACAAAAAUUCCCAACCAUUUCAGGAAGAUCCAACAAAGAAAUUCGUCCACCUGCACCGUCGUCAACAACUUCCAUCUAUAAAUUUGCCGACAUAUCUUCCAGAUGGAGAUUCUAGUUCCAGAGACGGAUCACCGUAUUUGCCUCCAGAAGAAAUUCGAUCGGCUAAGAAGGCCUAG